AUUAAAUACAUUUAAAAAUGUACCCAAAAAAAAAAAAACAUUUAAAAGUGCAAGAAAAAGUUUAUGAAAAAGUGGAUCCUCAAUCAUCCUCCACUUUGAAAUUAGCCAUUCCACCAUCUUCUCCGAUCCUAAAACCGUGAUCCAGAAACAACGAAGAUCCAUCCAAACCCCAUCAAGCUUCCUUCUUCCGCCACACUGCCACCCAAGAAAUGGGCAAAAAGGCACUCUUGAUCGGAUGCAACUACCCCGGUACCAAGGCAGAGCUCAAGGGAUGCAUAAACGACGUCCGGAGAAUGUACAAGUGCCUCGUCGAUCGAUACGGUUUCUACGAGGAAGACAUCACCGUCCUCAUCGACACCGAUGACUCCUACACUCAGCCCACCGGCAAGAACAUCCGCAAGGCCUUCAGUGAUCUCGUCCGCUCCGCUGAGCCUGGGGACUUUCUCUUUGUUCACUACAGUGGACAUGGAACCAGGCUUCCAGCUGAGACAGGGGAUGAUGACGAUACCGGAUAUGAUGAGUGCAUUGUCCCCUCCGACAUGAAUCUCAUCACUGAUGAUGACUUCAGAGAGUUUGUGGAGAAAGUCCCAGAAGGUUGUCGCAUAACAAUUGUAUCUGAUUCUUGCCACAGUGGUGGGCUGAUUGACGAGUCUAAGGAGCAGAUUGGAGAGAGCACAAGGCAUGAAGAAUCAAGUUCUGGUUUUGGGUUCAAGGACUUCUUGCACCACAAAGUGCAAGAUGCAUUUGAAUCUCGUGGGAUUCACAUCCCUUCUGGAUUGCGCCACCACCAUGAGGAAGAGGAAGGCAAUGAUAGAGGAGUUUCUGAAGAGGGAUAUGGUGAUUAUGGCUAUGUAAAAAAUAAGUCUCUGCCGCUCUCAACUCUUAUUGAAAUACUCAAGCAGAAAACUGGUAAAGAUGACAUUGAUGUGGGAAAGCUCAGGCCAACCCUUUUUGAUGUCUUUGGUGAGGAUGCAAGCCCCAAAGUGAAGAAAUUCAUGAAUGUCAUCUUUAACAAACUCCAGCAAGGUGAUGGUGAAAGUGGAGGUGGUGGUGGUUUCUUUGGGAUGGUUGGUGGUCUGGCACAAGAGUUUCUCAAGCAAAAGCUGGAUGACAAUGAUGAAUCAUAUGCCAAACCUGCAUUGGAGACACAAGUGGGCAGCAAGCAAGAGGUUUAUGCUGGAUCAACCAAGCGCUCAUUACCUGAUGAUGGGAUUUUGAUCAGUGGCUGUCAGACCAACCAAACUUCUGCAGAUGCCAGUCCUUCGGGACAUUCUGCUGAAGCUUAUGGGGCCCUUAGCAAUGCAAUUCAGACAAUACUUGCUGAGGCUGAUGGUCCUGUUACUAACCAGGAGCUUGUUUUCAAGGCUAGGGAAAUGCUUAAGAGACAGGGUUUCACUCAGCGCCCUGGCCUCUAUUGUGGUGACAAUCAUGUUGAUGCUCCAUUUGUGUGCUGAUCGACCCUAAAAUGAAUAUUUUCCAGAUAUCAUAAUAAAUAAUUUGAUCUAUGUUUGCAUUAUGCAAGUGCGUGUCUGUUAUCCUUGAACUGUCCGGUUUGCCGUUUGGAUGUUGUAGACAGUAAAAGUUGUGCAGAAAUGAAUUUCUAUUGCAGUU